GGUGCAGGAAAUGGCAGAGGCUGUGACGAAAGAUUUUGGAAGGAUUGACAUCCUCGUGCAUUCUCUUGCCAAUGGACCAGAGGUAACGAAGCCACUCUUGGAGACAUCUAGAAGAGGGUAUCUUGCUACAAUUUCAGCUUCGAGUUACUCUUUUGUCUCCCUGCUUCGGCACUUUCUUCCAAUAAUGAAUCCAGGCGGUGCUUCAAUAUCUUUGACAUACAUAGCUUCUGAAAGGGCAAUCCCAGGGUAUAACCUUUUCCCUUGUUUAUUCCAAAGUUUAUAA